CCGCCAUUCGGCUUGCGCGUCUGCAUGAACUGUUUCGUCAAUCUGGGACUCAACUCCAACUCCAACCACUACGUCGCCUGCCUCCUCAUCUUCCUGCUGCAUUUCUCCCCGCAGCCGCUGCUGAUAAAUCACCCCAAUUCCAAUUCCAAUUCAAGUAGAAGUAAUCGUCAAGAAGGAGAAUCCAAUCCCAGUACUAGUAAUCGUUAAGGGGGGAAAACAGAGCUCAACAAAUGGCGAACAACAACAGGAACAUGCCUCACUACUAACCCUCCAUGGUGGAGGGGGUAGAGGAGGGUUGAUGUGAGAAGAACAGACGAUAUCGGCACUUUCACUACUUGGCUCAUACGGUGAAAAUGUCAGUAGAAAAUCCCACACGCCUUCUGCUAUUGUUAUUGGUGGUGGGUUUGCAGGCAUUGCUGCUGCAAAUGCGCUCAGGAAUGCGUCCUUCGAGGUCGUUCUUCUGGAAUCCCGUGACCGGAUAGGUGGCCGAGUUCACACUGACUACUCUUUUGGGUUUCCUGUUGAUCUUGGGGCAUCUUGGCUUCAUGGUGUUUGUGAAGAAAAUCCCCUGGCACCGAUCAUUGGAAGACUCGGGCUUCCACUGUACCGCACCAGUGGAGAUGACUCUGUCCUUUUCGACCAUGAUCUCGAGAGUUAUGCACUUUAUGACACUAAUGGCUCUCAAGUCCCACAAGAGUUUGUAGAAAAGAUAGGGAAAGUGUUUGAGGCUAUACUGGAAGAGACUGGCAAAUUAAGGGAAGAAAUGAAGGAAGAUAUUUCUAUAGCUAAGGCCAUUGCAAUUGUUUUGGAGAGAAAUCCACACUUGAGGCAAGAAGGGAUUGCACAUGAUGUUCUCCAGUGGUAUUUGUGCCGCAUGGAGGGUUGGUUUGCUACUGAUGCGGAUGCCAUCUCGCUCCAGUGUUGGGACCAGGAAGUUCUUCUUCCUGGUGGCCAUGGUCUCAUGGUUCGUGGAUAUCGUCCAGUUAUAAAUACUUUGGCAAAAGGUCUAGAUAUACGCCUUGGUCACAGGGUUGUUGAAAUUGUUCGGCACUGGAAUAGAGUAGAGGUUACUGUAAGCAAUGGUAAAACAUUUGUUGCGGAUGCUGCAGUCAUCACCGUUCCCUUGGGUGUUCUUAAAUCAAACACCAUUAAGUUUGAGCCGAGGCUCCCGGAAUGGAAGGAGGAAGCGAUAAGAGAACUGUCAGUUGGAGUUGAGAACAAAAUAGUUCUCCACUUCAGUGAGGUUUUCUGGCCUAACGUGGAGUUCCUCGGAGUAGUUUCAUCCACCACAUAUGGCUGCAGCUAUUUCCUCAACCUUCACAAGGCAACAGGGCAUGCUGUUCUUGUUUACAUGCCUGCAGGCCGGCUUGCUUGUGACAUUGAAAAGAUGUCGGAUGAGGCUGCUGCUCAAUUUGCCUUUUCCCAGUUGAAGAAGAUCCUCCCUAAUGCAGCUGAGCCGCUUAACUACCUGGUGUCACACUGGGGCUCAGACGAGAACACGCUUGGUUCCUACACCUUUGACGGGGUAGGCAAGCCGCGCGACCUGUACGAGAAGCUCCGCAUCCCCGUCGACAACCUAUUCUUUGCCGGGGAGGCCACGAGCGUCCAGUACACGGGCACGGUGCACGGCGCCUUCUCCACGGGGGAGAUGGCGGCCGAGGAGUGCCGGAUGAGGGUCCUGGAGAAGUUCAGGGAGCUGGACAUGCUGGAGAUGUGCCACCCGAUGGCCGAGCAAACGGCCACCGUCUCCGUCCCGCUGCUCAUCUCCCGGCUGUAAACAGUCGCGCCCCUAAACUAUCUAUCUAUUGUCACGUCGGGUUUGCCGGCCAUUCAUUCCAGUGAUUGCUCGAGGAAGGCAGCGUGGGAGCAAUCUAUCCUUGCUCUUCCUCGUGGCAUGAGGCGUGUGGCCGUGUGACCCUAUGGUUUGCAGAAUAAACUUACUGUUGGGUUAAUAAAAAAUUGUGGGCGUCUGGUAUGUAUACUGUCAGCGUGAUGUGGGGGUUUGUGUUUGGUAAGGCGCUAUGAGCUACGGCCUACGUGACCAUCUUUGUAGGGCAGAGUUGGUGGUGUAGUAUGUGUGAUGGAACACUGUAAUUUUACUACAUUGACAUUCUUAAUAUUGGUGAUGAUGGUAGAUUAUCCGUGAA